GUUUGGUUAAACUUUCCAAAAUUCUCUGAAGCAAAAACGCUCCAGCUUGAAGAAUCAGUACAUCGAACCAACUUCACAUCAGUUUCAGGUAAAAAUGGUUUCAUUGAGAGAACUCACAGAGCAACGAGGUAACCAGGGCAGAGAGGGAGAAGAGGGAGCGGUUUUGUCAGUGGAGCCUAUCACGAUGAUAGUGCCGCCGGAGUUGCAGGAUGUGCCGGAAACAAUGGCGUCUGAGAGCAGCACGAGUUCCAGCGCCAGUGACAACGGUGGCAACCAUCCUAGUGCGCCAUCGAGCAGCUCGUCCAAGGGGACACCAGGCCGCGAGGAGGGGGCAGGGGAUGUAGCGCCGAAGGACCUGCCCGCCGGAUUUAGGUUUCGGGCUGCGCUUCAUCAUGAAGUAGCAGACUGCGCGCCCUCAAUCAGUGGGUACAGGAGAUUGGAGGAUAUGGUGAGGGCGUAUCAUAUUCCCCGGACAAUACUGUUACGAAUAGGCACACCCAAUGAGACGGCUUGUACGGUGUCACAGACUGGUUGGAUCCCAGUGUAUGUGGACCACUUUGACGCCGGCCUGCGGUUUCCCCUGCCCAGAUUGCGACUAGAGGUGCCGGCCAAGGCAAUCGUGUUCAGGUCGCUGUUUCAGUGCCGGCUGUGUCCGAACUCACGAGGAGCGAAGUGGUACUACCUCUCAGGGAGGGAUAAGAGCCAGCUCUUAAAAAAUGUGAGGAACAAGGUAGCGAGGUGGAAGAGACAGUUUAUUUUUGUUCGUGACACGCGAGCAGAAAGGAUAAACAACGACCUCGCUGCCCGGCUGUCUGAGUGGCGCACCCCCAACGCUCAUAUCAACUAUCCUCAGCUACUGCAUCGGGAUGUCGAUCUGAAGAACCAGCUACUGGAGUAUGCGCAGGGGGAGGGUCUAAUAGAUCUAGAAGCCCUGGUUACCUCGGAGGCUCUCAUCGUUUUAGGGUUUGUCGAUGUGACAAACCUGUUCAGCGAAGGUAUAUUUUUAUCAUAUAGUAUUAAUUCUAGUCGGGCUGAGGCUUAUGCGUUUUUCUGUGCAUCUUGGAACGCCAACGACAGCGAGCCCAAGGCUCACGAGGUCGCGCGUCGGGCAGCGCGCAACCCCGUCAAACAAGGUUUGACGAGCGGCCACCCCCAGCGCCUCAAUCCCGCGGCCCGUCUCACAGGGGGUCCAGCUCGUCGUCAAGGCCGCGAGCAGAUAACAGAGCGAGGCUGUGGCCUCGGGUGCACGCAGACAUGCACGCGAGGAGACAGAGAGCGAGGAGGACGAGCGACUGUGCGGGCAGCAGUGGAGCCCGCCUCUACAUCGGCCUCGAUGGGCCCCAGGAUUGCUUAUCCUAAGGGCUUCAGCUAUGUGCGGGCAGAGUGCCAACCUGCCAUGGUGCAAGCCAUGCACAGCUUUGUGCCCCCUUCUGACAAUAAGCGGGCCAAAGCCUUUGUGCAACAGCAUGGCGGUCAGGUCGCCAUGAUCAAAUUAAUGGAUGCAUUCAGCUACGCGGUAGCACUGUACGAGAGCGAGCAAGCGGCUCGUACAGAGAACACCGAGCUCGGAGCAAAGUGCAAACAGCUGGCCACAGAGAAGGCUAGCCUUGUGGACGAUGUGAAUCGUCUGCAAGGCUCUAAGAUGGCGAAUCGAGCUGCUGCAGCGGAGAGCCGAGCAAACGAGCUCGCUGCCAGGAAUAACGAGCUCCGGGAGGAGUUGGAUCGAGCGCGGGCUGAAAAGGAAAGCGGGAUUCAGGCGGCCAAGGAAGAAGCAGUCUGGGUUGAGGAACGGGCGAAGAAGGCCGAGGCCGACAGGGAUCGUGCUCAGCACGAGCUAAGCUCCCUUAGGCACCAGGUCGUCGAGGCGGACCAGAACCUUGCUGCUGCCGGGGAGGCGCUGAACGAGCUGAAGGCUUCCCAUGCACGUUCUGUCGUCAUCGCCCGGGCUCAAGGGGCGGAAUGGUUCGUUGGCUCGGCUGCGUUUCAGGACGCCGUGGCUGUGGCGUCGGCAAAUGUUACCACAGAAAUCUACAAUGAGAUCCGUGGAAAAGUACUGCAACACCGCCCGGAUUUUCCAAUCCGCGAGCUAGUCUUCUUUGACGAGGAGGAGCUAGACGAGCAGGGUAAGAGCCUUGCUCCCCUCUCUGACACAACUGUGAGGCUGAGGUGGGAUUUAAACGAGGAGGGUGUGCCCGUCUGGCCACCGUCCGUGCUGGAGGACGGGGAGGAUCCAGCAGGACUGCCCUCCUUUGACGCUUGGGUAGAGGGUGCUCCUGUGGCUGAGCAGGAGCCUUCAAGCACCCCGCCCAACUCUCAGCCCGCUGGGGUGUCAGUCAGCUCACCGGUCAGCGCGCCAGCCUCCGAGCCCGCAGCCCGAUCUCCUCCUGCUCGCUCUCCUGCAGCCGCUGCUGAUGCAUCCAUGCCCGUCGACCUGACGGAUGACUAGAUUUAGGGUUUUUUCUUUUGAUUUUUGUACCUUGUUUUUGCAUUUUUGUAUUUGAUCAAUGGAUCCAUAUCGCAUGUACGUUCAAUGUAAACAUCUUUGAUGAAAUACAAAAAUGAAUAUUUCUUUGAACU